GCUCGAACGCCCCCGCGGUCUCGCUUAAGCUCGAGGUGCUGGUGGAAAGAAGGGAGACGUAAUGAAGUGAGGAUCUCUGGGUUGUUGCAAUGGUCAGAUUAUCAGUUUAUUGCCACAAAUUCCACAACCCGGAGUUGCUAUGAAGGCGGGGGCCUCGUCCAUGUGGGCUUCAUGCUGUGGUCUGCUGAAUGAAGUCAUGGGCGCAGGGGCAGUGAGAGGCCAGCAGCCUGGGUUCGGAGCCGGUGCCGGACCCUUUCGGUUUGCCCCCAGUGCAGGAUAUUCCACAUAUCCGCCCACAACCUCAGGGAGCCCCAGCCUCGUAUGUAAGGCUUGUGGCCAGGCCUUCUCUGUCUUCAGGAGGAAGCAUAUCUGCUGCGACUGUAAGAAGAGUUUCUGCACUCUGUGCUCUGUGCUUCAGGAGAACCUGCGUAUAUGUGCCACAUGUCACCUGCUGAAGGGGACGGCCUUCCAGAGACCACAGCUGAUGCGGCUGAGGGUCAAAGACUUGCGACAGUACCUGCUGCUACGCAACGUCCCCACAGACACCUGCAGGGAGAAGGAGGACCUGGUGGACCUGGUGCUGUGUCACCAGGGAACAGGGGGGGAGGAGGACCCCGACAACCCCCUCUAUACCCCGCCCCCCUCCGCCGCACGUUCCACCUCCGAGCUGUCUGCGCUCUCAGUCUCCGCCUCUCAGGGGGAAGCUCUCAGCAGGAGCGACAGCUCAGGGACAACCAACCAGGAUAUAGGCGACGCCACGUCUCUCUCCCUCCUGAACCUGGCACCCAGUGAGCACACACCAGAGGUGAGCCCUCAGACGCGGCCGCGAGCGCGGGCCUCUCUCUCAGACAUCUCCAGCCUGAGGGACAUCGAGGGCCUGUCCGUUAGACAGCUGAAGGAGAUCCUGGCCAGGAACUUUGUCAACUAUUCAGGCUGCUGUGAGAAGUGGGAGCUGGUAGAGCGCGUCAGCCGCCUGUACAGAGAGACGGAGGAGAACAUGAAGUCAUUGGAAAACGUCAACACAGCUAUAACUGCAGUGGUGGCCUUGCCCCCUCCUCCCAUCUGCAAUGGAGGGAUUGGAGAUGGGGAGAAGGCCCAGCUGACCAACGUGGAUGACAACCUGUGCAGGAUCUGCAUGGACUCCGUGAUCGACUGCGUCCUCCUGGAGUGUGGUCACAUGGUCACCUGCACCAAGUGCGGCAAGCGGAUGAGCGAGUGUCCCAUCUGCAGGCAGUACGUCGUGAGAGCCGUGCACGUCUUCAAGUCCUAAUGUCGCAACCCACCACUUCCACCAUGUCACAUCUUCAAAACAUUCACCUCCAGAGAAACAGAUCUGUGUUGUUCUGUCCCAGUUGUGUGUGUUCUGUUGUUAUCCCCUGAAACGCUUACAUUAUUUGUAAACUUGAUCAUGAAUUUGAGAAAUGCAGUGUGUUCAUUUUUUCCCACUUAAUUUCUUUCUUGGGACGAAUCAGUGUUUGACCAAUGAAAAGGAGGGCAGCAGUCUACCCUUUAUAUUAACCCAUUCCAUUUCUAAACACAUCCUUGACGUUUUCUCAUCUACCGUAUUUUUGUGUUAUGCUUUUGCUUACUUAUGUUGACUUUUAAACAAGAAUGUGAGCUGUGUGUGCGUACCAUCGUUCCCAGGUACCUACAGAGUGAACCACUAAUUGUGACUGUCCCAAUGACCAAACCGUAUCAUGUAAUGUCUGCCCAUAUAGAGGUCUAUUUUGAUUUGGAAGGAAGUCUCACAUUUGUUUUAAUUCUGUCGUAACAUCUUAGCACUGAAUGUUAAGAUGAAUAAGAAAACGGGUGCUAAAUACGUUCACAUGUUUUUCCUGUUUUCCGUUUGUUAGUAUACCAACUUAAAUUGUGGAUAUCGUCACUGUCUGAAAACCUUUUAUCUCCCCCAAAAAAACUUCAGGAAAUGACCAUAUUUUCCCAUUAACGGAAAUACAAUUAUGAAACUUCAGAAGCUAUUUCGAAUACAUUUUCUUGGUCCUAUAGUAAAAUGUUCAGAGUAGAACAUUGAGGGGAGUUACUGCUUUCAAUAGAUGAAAAACACAACUAAAUUUAAAAAAAAUAAGCAUUAUGAGCAUGUAAUUCCAUCAGACAGCAAAAAUAUGCUUAGAAUAUUUUCAGUUCUCUUUCUUGGAAGUGGAGAGAAUAUUGUCUUUUUAAUUAAUACAUUGUUGUAGUUAACACAACUAAUCAAAUAUAUAGCUGCAAGUUAACUGCCACUUGUGGAAUAUAAAGUAUAUUGAGGAAAAGUGACUUGCUGUACAGUUGCAUAUAAUGUUUCAUAUCAGUAUGAGAUGUACAUAUCUAUUUUUUUCCAUUUGAUUUGAAUGUGUAAUUGAAUUGAAGAUUUCCCUCAGAUUAGUUUAUUAAAGAGUAAGGUUUCACUGUC